AACUGCUAAGACCUUUGUCUGAUGUUGUCUGGUCCCCCGUUAUGCAAAUCAGCAUAUGUAACAUCAGGGUACUUCCCUUUGUUUCGUUGUCAAGCACAAGCUGCCGAACCGGUUUUACCCGCCAUCCAGUCACUAAUUAAAUGUGUCACUGACCACUCGAUCUGUUAGUACCGACUCUGAAGCCGCGAGGAUCUGUGUCGAAGCAUCAGCGUAUCUCGGCCUAAAACUGUGUUCUGCUACCGUCAACCACAACCUGCCGAACCGGUUCUGACCCUGAAGCCGUGAGGAUCUGUGUCGACGUGAAAACACCGCGCAGUAGUCUGGAGCAUCAGCGUACCUUUGAUCUAGAGCUUAACCAACAUGGCGACUGCAGCCGGAUCUCAUCUGACACAAGGGGAGAGAGAGGAUAGACAGGAUUCUCCACGUACCUGCAAGUGCACUUAUUGCGACAAGAAGUUUCCCUUCAAAAGUAGGCUCAAUCAACACCUACGUAAACACACCGGUGAGAUCCCAUACCUGUGUGAUGAAUGCGGGAAACGAUUUAAUCAUCUUGGAAAUCUAAAGGCACAUAUGCGACUUCACACCGGUGAAAAACCGUACAAGUGUGAACAUUGCAACAAAGCCUUUAGUCAGGCAAGUUAUCUGAAGAAACACGUGCGGACUCACACAAGAGAAAUCAGCAUGGCGACUGGAGCUGGAUCUCAUCGGACACAAUGGCAUUAUUCUCGCCGUACCUACAAGUGCAGCCAUUGCGACAAGGAGUUUCCCUUCAAAAGUAACCUCGAUCGACACCUGCUUACUCACACUGGUGAGAGACCAUACAUUUGUGGGGAAUGCGGGAAACGGUGCAGUCAGCUGGGCGAUCUAAGGAAACACAUGGUUACUCACAAAGAUAAGAGACCAUACCAGUGUGAUGAAUGUGGGGAAAUGUUUAGUCGGCUAUCUAUUCUGAAGGACCACAUGACGACUCACAUCGGUGAAAAACCGCAUCGAUGCCAGGAGUGUAGCAAGCAGUUUAGUAGGUUGAGCUAUGUGAAGAGGCACUUGCGACUUCACAAGGGUGAAAAACCGUACCAAUGUCAGAAGUGCGGUAGGCAGGUCAGUAGGCUGUGCGAUCUAAAAGUACACAUGCGGACCCACACCGGUGAAAAACCGUACAAGUGUGAACAGUGCAGCAAAUGCUUCAGUCAGUCAACAAAUCUUAAGGUUCACAUGCGGACUCACAAGGGGGAACUUCCGUACAGAUGUGAGAAGUGCAGCAAGCAGUUCACUACGUUGUCAAAUUUAAAGAGGCACAUUCGGACUCACACAGGUGAGAAACCAUACAAAUGUGAGACAUGCUACAACCAUUUCCGUGAACUUGGAACCCUGAAAAAACACAUGCGGACUCACACAGGUGAGAAACCGUACAUAUGUGAGGCAUGCAGCAAGCAGUUUAGUCACCUGGGAAGUCUGAAGAAACACAUGCGGACUCACACUGGUGAAAUACCGUAAAGGUGUGAACAAUGCAACAGAAGCUUUCGCCAGUCACGUAGUCUUCGUGCGCACAUGCAAUCUCACAUCGGUGAAAGUAUCUCAAUAACGGUGUCAAUAACAUGUACAUAUUGUUACACAGUAGAAAAA